CCUCGCACGCCUAUACUGUUAGAAUAACUCAGAAUUAAUAGGGAAGAGGCAGCAAAACUCCUCUUGGAUUUUCGGGAGGUUUUGGAAGCGCCGCAGCCCCGUUUCGGGGCUUUUUAGCGCUGUUUUCGGACAGCGGCGGUGGGCUGAGGGGAGGGCUAAGAUGGCGGCCAGCCCCCCAAAGCCCCGGGGCUGAGGUGGGUGAUGGCAGGCGGGGAGCCCUGAGGGGGACCGGCAGCCAUCUUCGUGUGGGGUGAGGGGGACGGAGGAGGAGGAGGAGGAAGAAGAGGAGGAGGAAAAGGAAGAGGCGCUGCCCGCCCCGGCGGGUCAGAGCGGGGAAGUCGCCGCCCGAAGAUGGCCGCCGCGGCGGGGGACGUGUGCGGCGCGGUGCCGGGGAGCCGCGCCGGGGCCGGGGCUGGGGCUGCGGCGGAGGCGCGGUUCAUCAGCAGCGCCAAGGGAAAAGGCUUGUUCGCCACCAAGAACAUCCGCAAAGGGGAAACCGUCUUCGUGGAGAAGCCGGUGGUGUCGUCCCAGUUCCUCUGGAACGCGCUGUACAGCUACCGAGCCUGUGAUCACUGCCUGCGGGCUUUGGAGACAGCAGAGGAAAAUGCUCAGCGGCUGCUGGGGAAGAGCUCCCUGGUGCUGCCUCACCCGGAGCAGUGCAGCAUCCGGAAAGACCUUCACCAGCAGUGCCCCCGAUGCCAGGUGACGUACUGCAGUGCUGAAUGCAGGCAGGCCGCUUUGGAGCAGUACCACCACGUCCUCUGCCUUGGCCCGUCCCGUGAUGACCCCACACACCCCCUCAACAAGCUGCAGGAGGCAUGGAGAAACAUGCAUUAUCCACCAGAGACUUCCAGCAUCAUGUUGAUGGCCCGCAUGGUUGCCACCAUCAAACAGGCUAAAGACAAGGAAUGGUGGAUCAAGACCUUCUCCCAGUUCUGCAAUAAGACAGCAAAUGAAGAGGAGGAGAUUGUGCACAAGCUGCUGGGGGACAAAUUUAAAGGCCAGCUGGAGCUGCUGCGACUGCUCUUCACUGAAGCACUUUAUGAUGAACAUCUCAGCAGGUGGUUCACUCCAGAAGGCUUUCGAUCCCUCUUUGCCCUCGUUGGGACCAAUGGCCAAGGCAUAGGAACAAGCUCCCUGAGCCAGUGGGUACAUGCUUGUGAUGCUCUGGAUCUCCCCAUGCUGCAGCGGGAGGAGCUGGAUGCCUUCAUCGACCAGCUCUACAAGGACAUUGAGAAGGAGUCAGGAGAAUUCCUCAACUGUGAGGGAUCAGGACUCUACGUGCUCCAGAGCUGCUGUAACCACAGCUGCAUCCCCAAUGCUGAGACAUCCUUCCCAGAAAACAACUUCCUCCUGCAUCUGACGGCUCUGGAGGACAUCGAAGCAGGAGAGGAAAUCUGCAUCAGUUACUUAGACUGCUGCCAGCGGGAGCGCAGCAGACACAGCCGCAACAAGAUACUCAGGGAGAACUACUUGUUUACCUGCUCGUGUCCCAAGUGCCUGGCGCAAGCCGACGAUGCUGACGUGACAUCAGACGAAGAGGAGGAGGGUGAAGGGGAGACGGAUGAUGCUGAGCUGGAGGACGAGAUGACUGAUGUUUGAUCCUGGCCCCAGGCGAGAGGAGGGGGAAGGGACAGGGAUGAGGAUCCUCCCGGAGGCAGCAGCUUUAAUUCGAGGAACAGGGUUGUGUUGUGGGGUCAGGAGCUCUGGUGGAGUGGGGCAGCAGCGGAGCCAUAGGCAGGCCCUGCUCCCGCCUGUCCUUGUGUGUGUAUGUGUGUGUCAGGCUGUCCCCAUCCUCCCUGUGAGGACAGGCUGGGAGCAUCCUGGUCCCCAGAGGGGCUGGCUGGGGAGGCUGGAGCAGAGCAGGGUCCAGCCAGCCCCUGGGAAAUCAUGAUGGUCACCCUGAGGCUGCUCCACUGUGCCUGUGCAGCUGCGGUGCGGAGGAACACAUCCUUCCCUUCCCCACGGGGACGAGGGGAACAUGUGUAUAUGUAUGUACGUGUGUUGUGCACAAGAGGUACUAUUUAAUGUCUAUAGUAGCACUAUCUAUACACUAUGGAGCUGGGGUCUUACAUAUCCUCCAUUCCAUGCCCCAGCUUGGAGCAAAAGAUGUUGCAGGUGGGACAGAGACACUGCAGAAGGUGGCUCAGAUGCCUGAGACCAGUGGACGUGGCGUGGGGCUGUGUGGCUUCCCUACACUGAGAUGUCACUGGCAGCAGAGCAUUGUCAUCCAUCCCAUGCCACCCGUGAGGCCACACUGCUCUCUGCCUUGUCUUCGUCUCUGGCCCACGCUGGAGGGAGAGGACGGCUCCAAGCGAUGGAUGUGCAGCAGGUUGGGGAUGUGCUUGGAAUAUUUGCCUCCCCUCUUGGAUUUUGGGAGCUGUUUUCCUGCUGCUGUUUCCUCCAAACCUGUGGCAGCUGGGUUGUGGGACUGAAGGUGACACCUCUUGACAUGGGCACCUCUGACACUGCCAUCCCCACCAGCCCUGCACCCACUGCUCAUCCCCACCCGUCCUGGGGCCAUGUCCCCUUCGGUGUUCGUAAUAAACCGAGACUGGUGAGAA